GAUGACGCUGGGAGCAUGGAUAAACUGGCGCAUUCGGUGCUCGACGACGUGCUGUUCAACAUCGUGUCGGACCUGUUGAUGAAGACACACCGAGAGGAGAAGACGGCGAGGGCGACGACCGCGGCCAUUCGGGUGGAGAAGCUGGCUUCGGACGCCUCAGAGAGCUCGACUCCCGACUCGGGUCCCAACGUGCGAAUCGAGACGGACGCCGCAAUCUACGAAGAUGGCAAGGUGCUGCUCAAGGGCAACCCUCUCAAGACGACGACGGAUAUCCUGUGCCCCCGAUGCCAUCUCCCGCGACUCCUCUAUCCGACCGACGGCAAAGGCGCCCGGAAGCCCGACCCUACGAUUGUCUACUGCAAGAAGCACCCCUUCAUCGAGAAGCCCGGAUGCGACAUCUACGGCCAGAGCUGGGUCGGACCGGGCCCGGGACGGGGCAAGAAGAAGAAGGACAUGGACAAGAAGGACGGCGCCGACGGCACCCCCGAGCAGCGGCCGCCCAACGUGCUGUCGUUCCCUUCCGCUACGUGCAGCAAAUGCAAGCGAUGCAUCCUGGUUACACGGCUGAAUAAUCACAUGGGGUCCUGCAUCGGCAACAGUGGCCGCAAUGCCAGUCGAGCAGCCGCGCAGAGGAUUAACGGCGGCGGUUCCCAGAACGAACCGACGCCUCCGCCCUCUCAGAAGGCCACGCCCACGCCGACCUCUCGGGCCCAGAGCCCCCGGAAGCGAGACGCGAGCGACGACGACGACGACUCGGAGGCUAGCAACCCCAAGAAGAAGAAGAUGAAGCCCAGCAGCCAGACCAAAAAGGUCAUCCUCAAGACGAAGCCUCCGUUGAAGAAGGACAAGAUCAAGAGCAGCUCGCUGAGCCAGGAACAAAAGGCCGACUACGACGUGCCGUCGCCCAAGGUGCUCAACAAGAUCAAGUCCAAGGCGGAGAGCCCGAUCAAGAAGCUCAAGGUGACCAAGCCGACCAUUGCCUCGCCCAUGUCUAAGAACGGCCGAGAUAUCGACGGAGAGUCUGAGUCGUCGGGAACGCUCUCGUCACCGCCCGCGAGCCGUCACUAA